AGCUCCCCGAUUUCACUACAAACGAGAGAGCUUUCUUUUCGUUCCCGGGAUUUUCUCUGUCCUCUUUCAGAGAAAGUUCUACUAACAUCACUUUGGCGCCGUUGCAAUAUCGAAAUUGAUACAGCACAAAAGCAAGAUGGUCGAGCAGACGCAAGGUACUAUUCCCUCGUCCGCUGAACAAGUUCAGCCUGGGACGGCACUGGACAUGCUUGCAAAUUUGCCACCAACGCCAACUUCCAUUGCGGCGGACGAUAUCAGUAUUCUUAUGUGUUUAUCGUGCAUUUUUAUGGACAGACACAGAAGCAGAACUAUGCAUGUGCAUCAUGAUCAUACAUACGAUACUCACAACAAUUUGCAAUGCAUGUUUUACAGCAUAAAAGUGUAAGGCCAUAACCACCACAGGUCUUCACGCCCUCUCCUUUGAUGACGCGACCCUCCGCGAAGCCAACGUUCUAAACCCCGACUUAGAAUUGCAGAGGCAGGAGAGGGAGGCGCAGCGGAAGAAAAUUUUUCAAAAAUUGAAGCAGGACGCGGACGAGUUUCUGAAAAAACCGUUGGACGAAAUUGCCGCGGAAAUUCGGAAAGUGGAUGUUAGACAGUACUUGUUUUUCGCACUGUGUUGGAUGAAUACCAAUAUGGUCCUCGUGACACUCACGCUAAGUAACAGAACUACAAACUGAAAAAAUGGGCUUGAUGUCAUGGCUUACCUCGCUUCUGAGAUUCAUUGUCAAAACACGACGUUCAGGCUCACCGCCACCUCUGGCAACGAUGGGGAACUACACCUACCGACGGCCACAACCUCCCUGACCCUCCCCGACCCCAGAAUUACGGGUACUAGUGCCUCUCCUCUCUCCAAGUUGCGAAUCAGCAGCGCCGGGCAGGUCUUGCUUGAGAAACUGGAUGAACUGUUUCCGAAACAUGAAGAGGAGGCGAGGAGGAAGCGGUUUAUGGAGUUAGCGAAAGCUACUGCUGAUACAGCUCAGAACUCUGGGAUCCACUCGAAGAAGAAGAGUUCUAGCAAAACUACCGGCAGUAAAAUAACGGCUGCUGGAGGUAAUCAACAUGCAGAUAAAGAUGCAAAGGAUCUACAAAAAGACGAGCAGCCGGAACUUCUAAAACAGUAUGAGGAGGAGCGGAAGCAGCAUUUUCUCCGGGUAAAACCAACCCCCGGGUUUUUCUUCGAGGAAACCACGGAUGAGAAGCUGCGCAGACGGUUAGGGAAGGUGUAUUCGAAGAACCGGUACAGAAAGGGGAAAGAAUCUUCUAUCAGCAAGACCACGAGCAAAACGAGCAAUAAGAACGACGAAGACUUCGGCGACGUGUCAGAUGCAGAGGUGAGGUCUGGUGGGGAAGAAGAAGUUAAACCACCAGGAAUAUCAAAUGCAAAAAUGUUUGGGUCUGGAAGGAUGCGAACUUGUGAUGCGCAUUUCACAACACAGACAAAUCUCUCUUGCAUAGGCAGCAAAAGGCGCCCACUUCCUGUCACCAAAAUGGGGGAUUUGUCAUGCGGAUUAGGCAAUGCGGAAGUUUCUCGAAAUCUGUGAUGCUAGGGCUUCCAUGACAGACAUUUUGUUUCAUGCAAAAACAGCAUGACAUUGUUCCAGACCCAGAUAUUUUUGCAUUUGAUAAGGAAUAUCAAAACCAAGAAAAGAGUUCGAGAUCGACUGCCCUUCCGUCGGGAAAAUCACGGGUUUGUCGAAGUUCGCGAGGAUCUAUGAGAGUGGACAACCCCCCCCCCUCUUCCGCAUUUGUAUGGCAUACACAGCAAUACAAACACCAGCAAACGUGGAGCCUGUGCAUGACAAAUUUAUGCGCCUACUGUAGUACUGUUUGAGGUUCCGGAAAAAUCUGUCAUGCAAAGAGUGCCACAGGGCAGCACUUGGACUCGGGGUUUUGCAUCACAAAUGAGGGGAAGGGGGAGCUGUGCACUCUCAUAGGAUCAUUCUGGACCGCAUCCGUUUACGGACGGAGAAGGAAAGUUUAGCCGGAUUUUCCUUGGUGAGGACGGUCAACAUUAACCCGGAGAUUAAUACUACUACUAGCCGGGUGGUUACGCCAAGAACUGCUGUUGGUGGGACCACUGCUGGGUCAACAACACCGAUGAUGAAUAUCAACCCUGCGACAGCAAUAUGCAUUGCAAAAGUAUCGUACUCGUAUAAAUGCAUUACAAACUUCCUCAGCAUGAGAAAUGAAAUUUGUAAUGCUGAUUUACCUAUAAGAAAAAGACUUGUGAUGCAUGAUUACAAUACGAGUACAGUGCGAUACUUUUGCACUGCAUAAGCCAAGUACAAGCUCCACCACAGUCAGCUUGGAGAAGUGGACUCGUAUGAUAUCAACUGCAAAUAUGUCUGGGUCUGGGAGAAUGCCAGACUUGUCAUGCAGGUUUUCCAUGACCCAGGACGUCUGGUAUGUAGGACAUAGCAUGACAGAUUUUUUGAGAGUUCUAUCAUGCCUAUCCUGCAUGAGAAACUGCCUCGCGAUUAGCUCAAAAGUGGACAGCUUUUGGUAAUCAUGCAACACAGAUUUUUUACAUGAUUCAGAUUUAGCAUGAUAAGUUGGUUCAAUCCAGACCCAGACAUUUUUGCAUUUGAUAGGUGAGAAGCGGAGACAACUGUUUUCGAUUGACGAGGAAAACGGAGACGAACAAGCAGGCACAACAACUUCAAAUGCGAUGAACGUGAACACAAACCCGUACAUGACGGGAGUGAGAACUUAUGCGAGGAUUUUAGAACUUCACAAGGAAGCCAGGACAAGUCAACGGGGGUUUGGUGGAAUGGCGAGCGCUGUCUCAUCGAAGAAUUCCGUGGCUUCUUCUGCGCAAAAUUCGAAAAAUACAUCCGGACAUCAUGAGGCGAAGCCAGCUGGGAGUGGUGCAGGUGGAGUCACUGCUGCCGCUCCUGGAGGCGCUGUUGCUAGUACAACGACCGUCAAUCCGGAAAUAAAACGGCCGGUACCCCCAGCGAUUUCGACCACAGCUGCUAGUACAACCGGAAACAAGGAAACCGAAACAACCAUACGAACACCGUCUUCCAGCGAACAGGUCACGUCGACCAAUGCGAAUGGUGCUGCAUCAAAACAUGCCUCGGCAGUAGUUCCAACGACCACGCUUUCCACUUCCAACGGCAGCGCUGCGAUUACGACGAAACCUUUGUCCAAACUGCAGCAGAGAAAGUUAAUCUCCUCUUCCGCAAGUUCUUUUUCUCCAACCUCAGCAGAUGGGACAACAACUGCAGCGGGCUCUGGCACCAGUAAAACCUUCAGCGCACCACCGCAGGGAACAACCUCGCUCAGGAAGGAUGCUUGUGCUGCAAGUACAAUCAGAGCUCAGGAUGCGCCUGGUGUUCUCGACGAGUCCAAGUCAGAGGAAGCCAGUGUUUAUCCUGAGUAAAAACAUACCCACACCAGAGUCAGGAUGAGGAUUUUGCAACACAAACCGAGGAGUUUUGUGAGUCACGCAUGACAAGUUGCACUAUGCAGUGUAGUGCAGGUUAGCAAGUGCAGCCGCGUCACAGAUUCAUCUGCUCAUCCUGUUCACAGCAUCACAAAUUCCAAAACACGACUGGAAAUGGCUCUCAUGGGGAUGCGCAUUACAAGUCUUCCUGUCUUUGCAAAUCUGCAUUACAACUCUGGUGUGGGUACUUUUUUACUCAGGAUAGUGUUGCCGAGGACAGCAGUAUGAUUUCUCCUCUUAUGCAUUGCAAAUAUGUCUGGGUCUGGAAGAAUGGAAGCUUGUCAUGCUUGUCUCUCAUGACUCCUAACUGUCUGUGAUGCAUGACCAGGAUGAGAGUCUCUUGCUUCUCAUGCAGAAGCGCAGUUUGCCAUCCAUAACUUGCAACACAUUAGCAGCUCAAGAACUUGUCAUGCUUGGCUGCGUAUUGGAGUGCGUCCACCAGUCCCAAGCCAGCAUCACAAGUUUCCAGACCCAGACAUAGUUGCAAUUCAUACCUCUCGGCGCGGUCGCCUACACCACCGCGAACGCGGUCAGUGUUAGUGCCGUUGCGGGAGCGGCGAACAGUGCGGAAAUUAUGUCAAGGGUUGACAAUAAAACAGCUACGACUGCUCGUACUUCUCAAGCUGGCACAACUCCUCAACAAACCACACCCAACCCCUUUAUCGGAAGUAACCUAGCGAAUUCCCGACCGCGAUUGACUGGCUCAAUUCUCGCGCCGGCGUCCAGCUCGACCUCCAUGCCGUCGCAAAUUUCGCAGUUUCACAUAUCCCGGGAAAGAAUCCCCCCUCCCCAUAUCGAAAACGUAUCCGUCUGAAAAUUUGUGAUGCGCAUUUGUGACCUCAAAUCCUGUCUGUCUUGCAAGAAGGCAAGUCCAGAAAGCGCUCCGCGUUUUGCAGGCGGUUUGUGAUGCUGUUGGGCUUAGAGCAUACCCGUUUGCCAUGCUAGGAGCCUACGUCAAAACCUCUCGACAGGGGCUUGGCAUAUGCCUGCAGUCCUCUACUGCAAGACAAAUCUGAUUUGUGUACGGAAAUCCAGCAUCAGAAACCUCGUUUCGAUAUGGGGAGGGGGGAUUUUUCCUUUUGAUGUCACAGCACGAAAAAUCGGGUGGAGCAGCACGAUGUGACGUUGACGUCUCCCGUGGAUAACAAUCCGUCUUCGGUUAAUAUCGGUUCUUCUGGCGCUGGUAAUAAAAAUAAUUCCUCUGCGUUUUACUCAGGUGAAUCGGGUAAGACAAAUAAAAGCAGCGCGCCUAGUCCGGUAGAGUCCAAUCCGACGCCAGGGUCCUUUUAUCACGUUGGUAGUGGGAAUGGAAAGACCUCCGAGGGUGGUGGGGCUUUGUGGAUUAGCACGCCGACAGAUGACGUCAGCGGCGCAGGCGAACAAGUAGACGUCCUGGGACGUCGCACAGGGGCCACGCCGGUAGAACAAGCCAGGGCGGUAGUGUUCCCUGGAGCAGCUGGUGAUGCGGCCGGUAUUGCUUCCGCGGAGAGAGGACAAGAUGAACAACCUCCAGCAGAAAUACAAGAACCAGCUGCACUCACGUCAGCAGCGGCUGCUCAGCACGGAAAAGAACGACCGGCGAUGGCGAUCUCUGUCCCAGAACGGUUUUUGCCGACGAGCAACAAUUCCAUGGGGCGAAUGCAGUUUGGGGCUGGUAGUCUGUUGCAGCAGAAUGUUGACGCGAACCAAAUCCUUGCUGCUGGUAGCUCUGCCUCCUCUAGCGUUGUUGCACCCUUAUCUUCUGCAACAUCAACGGGUGGUGCAACACCCAGCUCCACCUCCGGCCGCCCGAACUACCGCACGCCGAAUACCACGACCGGACCACAGCCGUUUUCGUUUUCAAUGCAACCGAGAACGAGCGCUGGGUCUUCUACUACUUCAAACGCGAACUCACCCUCAUCCUCGCAGAAGCCUUCAAUAUCAUCUUCUUUCGCAGACAAUCUGAAUGGAGCAGCAGGUGGAGCGGCUUCUUCUGGGAGUAGUAGUACCAAUGCCGCUCUACUCAAUAACAGUAAUCUGUUGCAGCAAACCCAAACAAGCCAGAGGCAGACGCAGAUGCAGUUUUUGACUCAGACACCCAGUCACGCCUUGACGCUGAACAACGCGGCUAGGAUGAAUGUCGUGGAACUAACGACGCCGACACCGAAGAACAGUGUGACAUCAAACACAGGCUCGAACAAUGCUGGAAGCAGCAAUGCAGGAGUUGCGCAGCAAGGACAAUCGCAAAACCUCUUCGAACAGCAACAGAACCUGGCUUUGAACAGUGGCAGAGGGAUAUCCAAGAAAAAAACUGUGUUAGUGUAACUUUCCUUGGCUGACAGCAUCACAAAUUUGGUCUACAUGACAGCGAAAACCUGUCAUGCGUGGCUUGUAAGGGAAAAUACACACGAAAAGAGGGCUUCAUGGCUGUCUGGCAUGACAGGUGUAACUCUGUUGCAUGUUCUGCAUUACAAAGUUACACUUACGCAGUUUUUUUCUUGGAUAAGGGAGUGGUGGGAAUCAUCUUUCUGGCGGUUUUUUCGGACAACAGCAACACCUGCAGAGGAACUUCGGCAUGCCGAUGGCGCAAUUUGCAAAUCCCCAGCAGCAACAACAGCAACUUCACGAAGAGCAACUUAUGAUGGAGCAGCGCUACGGUGUGGAAAGUCCGAAUCCGCCCGCGCUAUUGAGAGGAAAAAUCCCCCCUCCCCAUAUCGAAAAGAUAUGUGUCCGAAAAUUUGCGUUGCUGAUUUGAGACCACAAAUCGCGUCUGUCUUGCAAGGAGGCAACGCCACAAGCUCCGCAGCAUUGUGCAGGCGGUUUGUGAUGCUGAUGCGCCUACAGCACGCACGUUCCUCAUGCUAGACGCCUAGGCCAAAACCUCUCUACUUAGGCUUAGUAUGGGCAUUCAUUUCUCUCCAGCAAGACAGAGCUGAUUUGUGUACGCAAAUCCUGCAUUGAGGCUUCGUUUUGAUAUGGGGAGGGGGGAUUUUUUUUUUUCCUUACAAUAUGCGCCGGCUCUUGUUCCUUCUGGCGCAAUAUACGGACAGCAACCACCACCCGCCGCCGCCGCCGCAGCCGGCUCACUCUUGCCGCAGCGAAACCGCACCCUGGCCGGGUUUAAGCUUUCGGGCGACAUCGAUUUGAAGGGGUUCAUUGCGGAGGAGGCGCAGAAGGAACAGCACCGGCUGCACCCGUUUCGAAACGUGCAACCGCAAUUGACCAUGCCGGUCAUGCCGAAAUUAGGGGGUGCGGGUGCCGGUGCUGCGGGGAACAUGCAACAACCGCACGGGGGAGGUGGUGGUGGUGGAAAUGUUAGUAACUAGAGGAUUACUUCUUAUCCUCCGGCGAGAGGAGGUGUGAUUUGCGGGUUGGAAGACUGAGUCACCCUUCGGCAUGCACUUCUUUGUACUGAGGUAGGAAAAGACAUCAAUGUUGAGAACAUGAAAGUAGUAGGAGCGGCGUCUUCUUUUCGAGGUGCAGAUCUGAUGCUGAUCUUACAGAUGGUUUAGCAAAUAAAGAAUUUAUGAUCUUGUUUGAUCUGGAUUAAACCGCAGCGAAUGUUGG